AUGUCGUCCACCGCUAUGGCCAAGAAAAACAAGGGGAAGAAAACCACCGAUCCUAGUGAGACAUCGAAAUUACUGGCCGCCAAGAUCUCGCAGUUGGAACAAGAUGCAGUUGGAGAGAAGGAGCAAGAAGCGGAGAUUGAGCGCGAAGUUAAGAAGGCGACUCGAGAUCUGAACCAGCUUCUUAAUACCAUGGAAUCGCCAAUGACUCGCCUGGAGGCCGUCUCUAAGAAGUACACGGAGCUGCUUGCGGACAUGAAAAAGUUGGAUCGUGACUAUGCUAAGAGCAAGAAACGAUCAGAUCAACUGCAGAAAGAGCAAGAAAAAGGGAAAUCGGAAUACGGAAAGACUGUCACCAUGAAGGACAAACUGGAGAAGCUCUGUCGAGAGCUGACCAAGGAAAACAAGAAAGUCAAGGACGAGAAUAAAAGGCUUGAUGAUACAGAGAAGAAGGCGCGUUUGAUUGUUAAUGAACGGCUGGACUCGUUGCUCUACGACAUCCAAGACGUCAUGGCUGCCAAAGGGAACCCUCGAAAUGAGAAGGUGGAUGUUGACUUGGAUGAAGCACUUCGUUUGAAGCUCAAGACUAUCAGUGAACAAUUCGACACGCGCGAACUUCAUUACAAGGGUCUUCUCCGCAGCAAGGAUUCAGAGAUCCAGAGCCUGGCCUCCAAGUACGAGGAGCAGCGUCGGUCUGCUGACAAUGAAUCCAUACGUGGCCGAGCUCUGAGUGCACAAGUCUCCACUUUCUCUCAUACGGAAGCCGAACUUCGCAGUCAGCUCAAUAUUUACGUAGAGAAGUUCAAGCAGGUCGAGGAUACUCUGAAUAACAGCAACGAGCUUUUUCUAACUUUCCGCAAGGAAAUGGAAGAGAUGUCCAAGAAGACCAAGCGUUUGGAGAAGGAGAACCACAAUCUCAACAGAAAACACGAACAAACAAACCGCAAUAUUCUCGAAAUGGCCGAAGAGCGUACUCGAAAUCAGGAGGAGCUGGAGCGAUGGCGACGCAAGUGUCAACACCUCGAGGCUCUGUGCCGUCGUAUGCAGGCACAAGGUCGUGGCGAAGGAUUAGCUGAGGGUGAUGAUCAUUUGGAAAAUGAUGACGAAGGUACCGAGAGCGAGUAUGAUGACGAAUAUGAAGAUGAAGAGGAUCUCAGCGAGGAGGGAGAGCUUGACGAGCAUGACCACACCAUUUCCCACCCUGCCGAACGACCGGUCUUUGGUCCACCUCCUCCCCCAAGUCUUCUCGAGGCCCGAGCUUCUAAGAACGCCGUUCUAAACGGUGUUCAUUGA